UUCAAUUCCCAAUUCCAAGUUUAGUAAUUGAAUAAUUUUCCGCGGUUAAAAUGUUUAUAAUUUAAUCAAAUAAAGAAUCAACAGAAUUCAUUGAAAAAUCAUAUCAUAAAGUCAGUUAUAAUAUAAACAAUAAUUUUCAAUAACAUGACAAGCUCCGUGAGCACAAACCCAUCAACUUUGCUACCUCUAGAACUGGUAGACAAAUGUAUCGGCUCAAGGAUACACAUCAUAAUGAAAAACGACAAAGAAAUCGUUGGAACGUUACUUGGGUUUGAUGACUUUGUGAAUAUGCUUUUAGAAGAUGUCACAGAAAGUGAAGCUACACCGGAAGGUCGAAGAGUAACUAAAUUAGAUCAAAUCCUUCUUAACGGCAAUAAUAUUACAAUGUUGGUCCCUGGGGGUGAAAUGCCGGAUACAUAAGAUACAUUUUUAAUGCUGUUAUAAGAACCCGAAAACUCCAAAAAAAUUACUUGCUGCACGUGGUGACAAACUGCGCUUAGUUAAAGCUGAAACAACGAGACGAGGAGAAGCCAUUUCAACUCGGGAAUAAUUUAUAACCGAGUAAUAUACUAGGCUUUCAGAAUACCAUUUGUCUCAUAUGUUUGUUUGUUUUCUUCCCUUUCUAUAUAUUCAAAUCCUAUUCUAUCUCUAUUUUAUUAAGCUUCAAGAAGAUUGGAUAGGUAAAUAAAUAUAGAUUACAGUCAAUUAGAGGACAUUAAAAUAUUUAUUUUCAUUUUUAUCUUAGGGCGUAUGUCAUUUGCCUAAAGCUAAUUGUUAUGUAUAAUACUGAAUUU